AUAUUAAAGUGUCCACUUACAACCCUGAUAGCAAAAGUCUCCGGGGCGGAUCCGCCCUCAAGCCGCCAGGUCCGCUCCUCUCUCUGACUCAAUUAGACGAUGUGCACAGAAUAUGCCCCGCCUUCGGACAGCGCACCGUCAACUCGCGGACUCGCAAAACAUGCUGGGCGGAAUCGCUGACCGAACGCGCCUAUUUUCAAUUGACAUCACUCCACACUGAGGAAACGGAGGUCGGCGAUGACGGAACACGGUAAGAAUAGUUAAAAUAUACUUUAUUUCUACAGUUAAUUAGUCUGUAACAUUGCCGUUAUACCGUUCAGCAAACUAAUGUUUUUAUUUAUAUAACUAUUGUGGCAAACCAAGUUAGCAAAUUGUCAUUAGCGUAGAUUUGAGUUAAAAUAUAUUUGGUAAUUAUUAACUUUGAGUAAAAGCUAUGGAAAUACUUUCUCCCUGUGAGGUAAAAUGGUUUAAUUAAAGUUAGGUGUCCGCAUUUUUAUCAAACCCGGAGCGCAUUUCUCCCGCUUUGAGUAAAAUGUCAGGCCUAACGUUACCUACUUUUAUUUCCACUUAAUUUCUGUUAGUUUUAGUCCGUUUUUGUUUACAUUUUGACAAGUCCACCAUCCCAUAUAACGUUGUUUCAGAAAAUUAAUUAAUAUUAUAUUAAAUCAUGAUUGUGAGCGUAUGCGCGUGCCUGUAUGCGCGCUCUAUGUGUGUUCUGUUGCAGCUUACAGUUCGUUCAAGUGCCACCAAACUUUGAAGUUUCAUCUUUUCUGGACAUCUGAGUAAACUUACAGUUCGUUCAAGUGCCACCAAACUUUGAAGUUUCAUCUUUUCUGGACAUCUGAGUAAAGAUGUUCCACUUAAUUGAGUUUCUGGUCAGCAAAACUGUAGCAGUAGUGCCACAAAAGUGGUGCAACGAUGGAGUUGUCUAUUGGCCAAACUACAAAAACGAUGAAAGAGUAAACAGGGCGGUGAAAAAUUCAGAGGAACCUGGACGUGACUGGAAAACAUAUGAUGCUAGAGUUAUUAAGUCAUGUGAUGACUACUUUGAGGCACGACAACUCUUAAAGAAAUCUCUGAUGUGUAACACAUCAGAUCUACAGUCUGAAGAGGAAGAGGAGGAGAUUCGGCCAAAAAGAAGGCCAAAGCCUAUUCAUUUCUUGGGAGACUCUGAUGAGAGUGAAGAGGAAGGUGCCCCCAAGAAGAGAGCCAGGGGUUCAGGCAGACUCUUGACACAACCACCAGCUCCUGUUUUCUCACCACCAGCUCCUGUUAUACCACCAGCUCCUGUUAACUCACUACCAGCUCCUGUUAUACCACCAGCUCCUGUUAUCUCAACAACAGCAUUUAUCCGAAGUAGCGACACAACUUCUUCACCUCCACCCAUUUCACCACCUCACUUUUCACAGAGACCUGAAGAGCAAACUCCUUCUACAAGCAGGGUCUACAGACCUACCUGGCGAGGGGGAAGAUGUGGGUCAGAAAAUAUUGCCUGCUCUGCUGCAGAAGUCCACAUAAUGAGCUUGCUGGAAAUAAUAAAACAUCAACAAGAGCAAAUCAUAUCUAAAGUCAAUUAUCUGACAAGCAAGUUGAACCCGACAGGCCAAGACAUGGAAACGCCUGACAUCCCAGUUGAGUUUCCAUUAAAAUCAAUGGAAGAAGUGGACAAUUUUGAGGAGUGGCUAAAAAAUCCAGCAAAUAAUCAAAGAAAGUCUAAUGUGAUUUCCUCCCUGGCAACUAUUGGGGGCCAUGACACCAAACGUGUCACAUGGAAUAUGCUUUCCCGCAUGUUCCAUGACGAUGUUGGGAGGAGGAUCAAUUGGAAGGGAAUGAAUGGGAAGAAAUCAUUUAAUCUGAUGGAGUCCAAGAAGUUACUUCUGUGUGCUGUGAGAAAGAGCCAUGUCUCCCGUGCCGCCACUGAUGACGAAAUUACGAAGCAUGUAAUACGGUGGUUCAACCUGGCUGCAGAUAGGGGAAGCUCGAGGAGCCGUCCCACUGUCAGCAUCCUGACCCAAGAGUAGUUUUUUUAACCUGACCCAAGAUUUAAUGUUCUUUUUCAUUUAAUGAAAUGUUUUUCAUUAAAUAAAACUAUGUUCUUGGUACAAUUUAUGCUUAAAUUUUAUUUUUCUGUAAUGUCUAUUCAAUGUAUACACAAAUAAAACAAUAGUAUAAGCUA